UGUCUUCAGCUACGGCAUGCAUGCCUUCAAGUGGCGAUGCAGAUUGAGUCCUACAUCUGCUUCCCCAUAUGAACGGACUCCCGAACAGGUGUGAGUCUGAUGUCUGAACAGGAAGAGUCCACCACAAUGGCGAAGAGGAUCGUCGGGAUCAUGGAGAAAACCUGCGUCUCCCAUUCGAAGAACAUCGCUUUCGGUUCGUUCGCGAUGUCGCGGUGGUGGCCGUCGCUGUCUUCUCCACUCACCUGAAGGUAGGCGCAUGGUCCUGCAUCUCCGGUGCACCAUUAGAAUGUUCGUUUGGCUCCAUGCAUGCACUUGUUCUGGCAAGUUGAUCGUUGUGGAAGUGCACGCUCAUCCUUUUCUGCGUCAAGCAUGAUGCUAAGAUGAGAGAGAAAGAGAAAGAGAGACAUCCUUUUCUGCGUCAAAGAUGUUGCUCAACUAGGGCGGAGAAAGAGAGAGAGAGAGAGACUCACCCUUUUCUGCGUCAAAGAUGAUACUCAGCUAAGGGGGACAGAGAGAGAGAGAGCGAGAGAGAGAGAGAGAGAGACUCAUCCUUUUCUGCGUCAAAGCUCAUACUCAGCUAAGGGGGAGAGAGAGAGAGAGAGAGAGAGAGAGAGAGAAUCGCUUUAUGGAGAACCUUGUGGUCCUACGCUAAUUAGCUUCCUGCCUCGAGCAUCGAUUCAAGCUCAUCGCUGCCCCGAAGACUCUUCCCCAAGGAAAUAGCUCUCGGUCGUCAUGUGUUUGCUUUAAUGCUGCAAGUGGAUUCCUACUCCUGAGACCUGAAUCCCGGUUGCAGAAGAGAAGGAAGACCAUGAGAACCAGGAAAGGCAGGCGCUCCGAGUCCUUUUGGCCCUCGAUCGUGAUGAGGAAGUGGCUCAACAUCAAGCCAAAGGUGCACGAAUUCAGCGAGGACGAGGCCGAUACAGAGAGCAGCGAUGAUGAUGAUGAUGCAAGAUUCUCCUAUACAAUUCCAUUUCCCGGAACACUCCUAAGCAAGAACGAGUGCAGAACUCAAGCCUCAGAAACAAGGGUCACCUUGUCAAGACUUCGAAGAAGGAAAUCGGAAACCCUGCGAGUUAACUACAUCACCAACAAAGAUGUGAGGGUGAUGAUUGGCACAUGGAAUGUCGCGGGAAGGCUCCCUUUGCAGGAUCUUGAGCUUGAAGAGUGGCUUGAUACUGAUCAACCUGCUGAUAUGUAUGUUCUUGGUUUCCAGGAAGUAGUCCCUUUGAAUGCUGGGAAUGUUCUUGGAGCAGAGGACAACAGGCCAAUCCAAGAAUGGGAGGCAAUCAUAAGAAGAACACUCAACAAAUCUUCGCAGCCGAAGACACUCUGCAAGAGCUACACUGCUCCUCCCUCGCCUGCAUCCAUCUCAUCUCCUACUGAUCCCCACACCGAUGGAACACAAGAAGAAGAACGAACCGAUCAGACUAGCUUGCACAAGGGAUUCGAGUUAGAUUGGCCUGAGCAUUCGUUCGAUGCACCGCAGCAAGUGUUGGUCUCCGGUAAGAGACUGAGGAGGGUGUUGAGCAGUACUGCUAGAAGUGGAGUGGAAGAAGCUCAGGUUUACGCAGGACUGAGAAGAGUGUGUCAAAGCUCAGGGAAUCUAGGAAUGAUCUGGCCGGAGCAGCAAGAAGCAUCUGAUGUGCUGGAUUCGAUCGACGACAUGUCGAAGCCAAGCUCACGAUACUUCCGCGUCGUCAGCAAGCAGAUGGUGGGCGUUUACGUCUCGGUUUGGGUCUGCAGUAGGCUGCGCCGCCAUGUCAACAACCUGAAGGUUUCCCCCGUCGGCGUUGGACUCAUGGGCUACAUGGGCAACAAGGGAUCGGUUUCUGUCAGCAUGACGCUCUUCCAAUCGCGCUUGUGCUUCGUCUGCUCUCACCUGACGUCCGGCCACACGGAGGCGGAUCAGCACAAGCGCAACUCCGACGUCCAUGACAUCCUCCAUCGCACGAGGUUCGCUUCCCUGGACGCUGCUGACCAUCCACAGACGAUUCCCUCGCACGAUCGCAUCUUCUGGUUCGGGGACUUGAAUUAUCGCCUCAACAUGCCUGAUGCUGAGAUAAGAGCAUUAGUCGCCGGGAGGUGUUGGGAUGAACUGAUGAACUUUGAUCAGCUGAGCAAUGAGCUAAGAGGCGGCCACAUAUUUGAUGGGUGGAAGGAAGGGCUCAUUGCUUUUCCUCCUACUUACAAGUAUGAGAUGAAUUCUGACAGAUACGUCGGAGAAAUUGCCAGAGAAGGGGAGAAGAGGAGAUCACCAGCAUGGUGCGAUCGGAUUCUGUUUCUGGGAAAGGGAAUCAAACAGGUAUCUUACGGGAGAUCUGAGCUAAAUCUAUCCGAUCAUCGCCCGGUAAGCUCUGUGUUUAUGGUUGAAGUUGAAGUGCUCGAUCAGCGAAAACUGGAAAGGGUGCUAAACUUCACCAACGCUGGAUUGCUGCCGGAAGAGAUCUAAAAAGCUUGUAGAUUGGAUUUACCUUCGACUCAUCACUGCCGCUCCACAUUUCUGAGAUGGACAUGCAGUUCUUGAAAUCGAAUCUCGGAGGAAAUUGGACUGAUCCGACAGCGUGGGAUGCCGAAAGUGCAGUGAUUGUAAAGUGCGUCUGUGGAAGUAUUCAAUCAAGAAGAUAGAUCACAGCAUAAAUCAAUUCUCAAAAUGGAAAUUGUUAUGUUGAAAUUAUGUUUGGUAAUAAUGAUUGAGAUGGAACGAACAGAUAAAUAA